AUGUUUUCAUUCUAUAACACCAACCGAUUAGCCUCCAAUCACGGUGGAUUUCAUUUAUGCAUUUCAAAAUCACAUCUCUUCCAUUUAUUCAAGUAUUCUCUGUUCUUCUUCUUGACGCUGGAAAUCAAGUCUGUUCAACAAUCAGAAUUAGCAUUCCAACAGCCACAAAAGCUCAUGGACCCAACCGAAAUCACAAUGAUUAAUGAUCUAGGUCUCUCAAAUGACAACUACACAAUUAAGGUCCGAAUAAUCAGGCUUUGGAAACAAACAAUUUGGGCGAAACCACAUGAGACACGACAAAUCGGAAUGAUUUUGAUGGAUGAAGAGGGCAAUAAAAUUGAAUGCACUGUGGACAAAUCAUAUGUGAUAUUGGGGCAAACACUUGAAGAAUAUGCGGAUGUUUACAUUCAUAAGCCAACACUUGGUUUAUAUGUUGAUGGUGUUAUGAAUUUGAAUGAAAAAGAAAGUGGAUCGGCUUCUUCAUGUUCUCGUGCUACGGAUUUCAUCAUGUAUACUGCACAUGAUGACUUUCUUAAAAAUAAUCCGUUCUACCAAAUUUCCAUGAUCCAUGAAUUAGAUGAGGGGAGUUAUGUCAUCAUUCUUGGCACAAUUAAGAUGUUUGAAGAUAGUCAGCAAUGGUACUACCCAGCUUGCAAGAACUGUAAGAGAAAGGUUCAAAAAAUGCCCCUUGAACAAUCCAAUGUUUUGGACCAUGUGGCUGAGAAUGAAUCAUGGGUAUGUACACAUGAGAAGUGCAAAGGACAAGUCAUAGUUGCUGAACCAAGUUUUAUGCUCAAAAUUCGAGUACAAGGCUUGGUAGGAGUAGUGACACUUACUCUGUUUGACCGGGAUGUUAGAAGUAUUCUAAACAUUUCUGCAUCAGAUUUGAUAGAAAAGUAUGAAAAGAUGGGUAAUAUUGUUGGUUUUCCUGUUGAGAUUAAUGAACUUAUUGGUAGAAAAAUGGCUUUCAAAAUUAUAGUCAAGCGCUAUACGUGUGGAAGGAAAUACAUUCGUAAUUACAACAUAUCAAAGAUAAGUGAUAACGUUGACAUAAUUUCUGCUCUCGAGAAGCUUGAAAAAGCAAACGACAUUGAACAGGACAUUGAAACUGAGUCUGUUAAUGUCGUGGUAUCAGAUUUCAACUCUCAAGAUACAAUUGGUUUUAAGGGUUCUGCUUCCUUCGUUGCUGAUAAUACUCCUAUCUCUACUUUUCCAAAUACCAUUUCAAUGAGUCCAUCAACCAACCACGACACCACUAGCCUCCUUUCACCACCGACCAAUGCGAAACGUAAACUUGUAGAUGUUUACGCUCUUGAAGAUACUGUUUGUGAGUCAUCAACAAAACCUUCAAAAAAAAUCCAUUGGUGUCAAGGAAAGUGUUGUGUCCACGCAACUAUUGAUUCCUAA